UUAGGGAUUAGGAGGUUUCUUCUCCCGCGCCCGGUCUGAACCAUUGAAUCUCUGCAAUUGCGCAGCGCAGCCAUGGGGUCCUGCAGAAUCCCCGCCCGUUCUUCUCUUCUUCUCUUCCAAAGCUUCAAUGCCAGAAGAACUCAUCCGAACCCAUAUACCCUUGUCACAAACCGAUCUUCGAGAAACAAUCCACACGCAGUUUCUGCAAGAUGUUUUGCUUCAAUUUCGACCGCAAUGUCUUCAAUAGAAGUGACGGAUUCUGCCGGCAACCUAGAACCGCCGGAGACUCAUACGCAAGACACCGUGGAGCACCUUCUCACGCACUCUGAUGAUGUUGCCAGGUUGAUGAAGAUGGAGCGGAGGCCUCUCGAUUUAGCCACCGGAGUGGAUUCUUCGCGUAAAGGGCGGUGGUUUCCGUACCUGGAUAAGUUCAGCUGUGGAAGUUCUUGGUUGAACAGUGGUGAGGUUUUGGAGGCACUGGAUGGUCUCAUAUUGGACUCGAGGAAGGAGCGGUUCAAGAACGUGGUGCGGAACAGGAGCUACUCUGUGUGUCUGGUGGUGGAGGGGCUGAGUGAUUUCGGCAACGUCUCGGCGGCGUUUCGGUCUGCCGAUGCGCUUGGAUUUCAGUCGGUUCAUGUGGUCUCUUGCGACGCUUCCAAAAGGUACAGAGAGAAUCGUCAUGUUAGCAUGGGAGCAGAGAAAUGGUUGGACAUUGAACUUUGGAACUCCACCCCAGAAUGUUUUAAGACUCUGAAAUCUCGUGGUUAUAGAAUUGUCUCCACGCAUCUGGGAACGAAUGCGGUUUCCGUCUACGACAUGGAUUGGUUGUGUCCAACUGCAAUUGUGGUUGGGAAUGAAAGUAGGGGAAUAAGUGAUGAAGCCCUGGAGCUAUCAGAUAUGCAUUGCAGUAUUCCUAUGAAUGGCAUGGUAGACUCCUUCAAUGUAUCCGUUGCUGCUGGCAUCCUCAUGCACCAUGCUGUUAGCGACCGGACUUCUCGACUGGGCUGUCAUGGAGAUCUCUCAUCACAGGAAAGGCAAAUUCUACUAGCAGAGUUCUCUCUGCGGCAUAGCAAGAAUGCGAUUAGCGUCGCCAACGAGUAUGCAAAGCGGAAGGGUACCACAAGCUCUGGCACUGAGUUCUUUCUUUAGAAUGGUUAAAUUUAGGCCUCUCGACGUGUCUGGGAAACGAUGACGAGAAGCAGGAACACACAGAAGGCCUUCAAAGUCGAUCAAAUCAUGUAAAAACAUAUAACUCCUGAGACUUCUGUGUUGAAAUCUGGCUCAGCAAAUCUGCAGCCAAUACAAUUUUCCCCAUUUGAAGCAAUUUGUGGGGCUGCUUCCUUGUGUGGCAAGCUUCAGCACCAAUUCAUAUGGUUGUGUGGUUCUGUAAUUGAGUUGGAGAAACCUUUUUACCAAAGUUGUUCAGCAUCACUUCCUUUUUCCAAUGAUCAAAUAUGUCUGUCUACUUGUCAUGAACUGCAAUGAUUUUAAAUUUAGUUUAAGAUUUUUUUUUUUUUUGGUAAUUUUAUUGUGUUCUAAUUUUAUCCUUAUUAAGGUAGGGGUACGUUAGUCUUUUUCAUUAGGGUUUAGUUGGGAGUCUAUCUAAAGCCAUGAUGUUAAGUUGUUUGAGAGAUUACAUCAGUUUUGAUGAAUUAAUUUAGUCUUUCAACUUUUAAA